CACAUGUUAUUGCUUUUGCCGGUUUAACGCUGUUGUUGAAAAAAAAUUUCCCUUAGUUUUAGUUCGACUGUGUAUUUGAAUGGGUGAUGAUUGUUGUGUAUCGGAAGUUCGUUCUUCGUAAACUGGAAAUACACGUGAAUUUUACGGAUUAUUUGUGUUGUUAAAAGUGCAUAUAAACACAAAAAAGGAAAAUGUGUGGAUUUUCUCAAGAAUUAUUUAUCGAAUUCACUUGUGAAAAUGAAUUAAGUUCCGUGAAAUACAUAGCUGAGCAAGUUGAUAAUUUCCCUUCUGUAUUAUAAAAAUAAUACUAUAUUUCAAAACAAAAUAAAAAUACAAAAAAAAAGUAGUAUUAAUAAAUUUUUGUAAUACCAUUACCUUAAUUUCAUCACCGCUUUGUUAGAUUAUAUCAUAAAAAGUGACAGUGUGUUGAAUUUGAAAUUCGCGUAUAAAAAUGCAAAUUGUCGUAAAGUUAAUAUAUGCACAUGUGUACUUAUGUAUGUCCGCCAUGCAAAACAGGUGACUAACCAAGACAAUCAAAUGUGUUACGCCAAAACUAAUGGCUUAGUCACAUAUUAGUAAAUAUUUACAUAAAAGUUUAGCAAAACAAAAUAAAAAUAAAUAAAUACAACUGCACAAUGGUUACCGAAUUGGCAAAUAUUCAAAAAUCUUUAGCAUACCACACACGUUGGUAUUUCAAGAAAUGAAAUGUUUAAAAAUUACCAAAUUAAUGAAAAAGUGUAAAAAUAAAAAAAAAAUAAAAAAUAAAUAUUAAUAAAAGUAAAUAAAAAAAUAAAGUGUAUAAGUUUUGUGGCAUAAGUUCAGUAAAUAUUGUUUUUGCUUGGUGCAAAAAUUUAAAUCUCAAACCACUCAACUUAGUCUUUUGAAAAGUUUACAAAAUUUCGCACUCAGGCGUACAAUUGGAGUAAUUGCAGCGUAGUUUCAACUAAGCUUUUCUGCAUAUUUUUGCUCAACAUGUUGGCCGUCAAGAAUUUCUUUUUACCCGAACGCACCGCAGCUGCCAAGCCACCCGAAACGCCACAGCGUUUUUCACGCAUGCCUGAAGCUUUUCUACGGUCCAUACGGCGGCGUUCGUUGCGUGUAAAGCGCGCCAAAAGUUUGGUGGUACCCGAUCGGGAGAAGCGGAAAUCAGAUUCUUUUGUCAACAGUCAAGAAUGGACGAUCUCACGCUCAGUGCCCGAUUUGCGUUUAGGCAUUGUUGGUGCAUUAAAUUCUGGCAAAUCAGCUUUAGUACAUCGUUAUUUAACUGGUUCCUAUAUGCAAGAGGAGUCGCCUGAAGGCGGUCGCUUUAAGAAGGAGGUAUUCAUAGAUGGCCAAAGUUAUUUAUUAUUAAUAAGAGAUGAAGGUGGACCGCCAGAAAUGCAGUUUGCCGCCUGGGUUGAUGCUGUGAUUUUCGUCUUUAGUCUUGAGAACGAGAGCAGUUUCAAUACAAUUUACAAUUAUUAUAAUAAAAUGGCGCAUUUUCGUAAUGGUCAAGAUUUACCAAUGAUUUUAGUUGGCACACAAGAUGCCAUUAGUGAACGAAAUCCACGUGUGAUCGAUGAUUCACGCGCGAGAAAGCUGGCGAAUGAUCUGAAACGCUGCUCGUACUACGAAACUUGUGCCACAUAUGGUCUCAACGUAGAACGAGUGUUCCAAGAUGCUUGCCAAAAGAUUCUCCAGCAACGCAUUCCCCUACCCCCCACCGUAAACUCCCGACCCACAACGCCGCAAGGCACACGCCUUGGAAUAGCCUCCUAUCAUCAUAACUCAAAUAAUCACAGCGGCGCCAAUGCGAAUGGCUUUUCGGCAUCCACAUCGUCGGUUCAGGGCGCCGUCUCAACUAGCAAUCUGACGCUGCCGCACCGCCAUCACGCGCUAUCCACCUCAUCGCAUCACAUACCAAUGCGCAUGAGUGCUGAUUUUAUGCAAAGUGAGCAGCAGCAAAGUUUGCCGCCGAGCCAGCGGUCAUGGCAACAGCAAAAGGAGCAACAGCAACAACGUGAUCGUGAACUGAGUAUGCUCACCAACGAAAAUAACAAUAUUACCAAAUUCACACCGACUCAUCACCAACACCAACAACAGCAACAGCAAAUACAAUCCCAGUCUCAGCAAUCGAUUCACCACCAGACCGCUGAAAGCUUACCACCUCUGAGUUUGGUGCCACUGCGCGAGAACAAAGAUAACGGCAGCGGUGGUGGUGGUGGCGGCAGCGGCGGUGGUAAGGAUCUGCCGACACCCACAUCCACGCCCACUACAAGUCGCAAGAGUCGACGGCGUUCAAAUCUCUUCAUACCCUCCUCCUCGAAGAAGGGCGAGAAAGAUUUGAAGAAUGGCGAAUUGGGUAGCGGACGAUCCAUACCAAUCAAGCAGGGCUACCUCUACAAGCGCUCCAGCAAAUCGUUGAAUAAGGAAUGGAAAAAGAAAUAUGUGACACUUUGUGAUGAUGGACGCCUCACUUAUCACCCAUCACUACAUGAUUAUAUGGAUGAUGUACAUGGCAAGGAGAUCCCGUUGCAAUAUGUAACUGUGAAAGUGCCGGGACAGAAACCUCGUGGCUCCAAAUCGAUCAUCACCAACAGCGCGCUCACCACAUCGAUGCACUCGAACGGACGUAACCAUGGACAGAAUGGCUUAAGUGAGGGCAUCGGUUGUCUCUCUAUUGUGAAAGAUAACAAGGACAAGAAAAUGACCGAAAAGGUGCUGCUUACUGCCUUCGACACGCUCCGCGAACCAGUCAAAUCGAAUUCUUCGCAACAGACGAGUGGUGAUGAGGGUAUCGCCAUGUCUAAUUCAAACUCGCAGACAUUUAUUGCUGGCAGCGAUAGUCAACAGCAAUUACAACAGCAACAACGUGAAUUACUGGCCGUCAACGCGGCUAAUAAAUUGGAAUCUCAAACGCCAAAUGUUAAGAAACGCCAUCGCCGCAUGAAAAGCAGCAGCGUCAAGUCAAAUGAAGUCGAUGAUUCGGAUAUUUACGAAUUUUUCAUUGUAUCGCUCGACUCCAAACAGUGGCAUUUUGAGGCAGCAAGCUCAGAGGAUCGCGACGAAUGGGUAGCUGCUAUAGAGCAGGAGAUCUUCAAGAGUCUACAGGGUAUUGAGAGUACGAAGACAAAACCGGCGACCACCAGUGAGCUGGCCUCGAUGGUGGCGAUACGUACGCGUGUGCCGGGCAAUGGCUAUUGCGUCGAUUGCGAUGCGCCGAAUCCUGAAUGGGCUAGUUUGAAUUUGGGCGUACUCAUGUGCAUUGAAUGCUCCGGUAUCCAUCGCAAUUUGGGCUCACAUAUUUCUAAAGUGCGUUCAUUGGGCUUAGAUGAUUGGCCUGCCGGUCAUCUUAGCGUAAUGUUGGCUAUAGGCAACAGCUUAGCUAACUCGGUGUGGGAGGCAAAUACACGCCAACGUACCAAACCAAAGCCUAAUUCCACUCGUGAGGAGAAAGAAACGUGGAUUCGUAGUAAAUAUGAGGCGAAAGAAUUUUUAGCACAAUCCAAUGCUAAUACGAAUACAACGCCGGGACAGCAAUUAAUCGAAGCGGUUAUCAGAUCGGACAUUAAAUCGAUUGUACUGAUACUCGCCAAUGCCAACAGUGAAGUGACCAACGCCAAUGUUAGUCCACGUGAUGUGCGUACACCUUUGCUGCUGGCAUGUGCCAUCGUGAAUUUAGCUAUUGCGCAGCUACUCAUUUGGAAUGGUGCCAAUAUUAAGCAUACAGACCAUGAAGGCCGCACUUGUUUAGCAUAUGCUCGUGCUGCACAAUCACUUGCUACAGCGAAAUCAAUGAAGGCAGCAGCAGCCGCCGCAGCAGCGUCUGCAAAUGCCACAAAUGGUUGCAAUACGAACACAAACUCGAGCACCGCUAGCAAUACGAGUUCCUGUUCCUCAACCGCAUCCAACACAGCUACGACUACAACGACCAGUAAUGCGACGAAUAGCGCCUCAGUCAGUGGUGCGGCUGCAAGUGCUGUAACAAAUGGCGGCAUACCAGCGCCACAGUAUAGUGUAGAGGAGACCACAGCGCUGGUGGAUCUACUAACGAGUUUGGGUUGUCCAGAGUCGGCGCCAUUAACAGCGAGUGGUACGCUGCCACGACGACGCGAUACGCUCGGCACACCCUACGAGAAGACCGUAUCGGGUGUCAUAUAAAAGAAUGCAGGAGGAGAGUAAUGUCAUCAAUUGAAUUAGAUAUACAUACAAUGAACUCUUGAUGCUUGCGUUUAUCGAUAAGUUUAUAAUCUUAAGUUAAAUGCUGUUCAACAGUUCAAGUAUAUACAUAUAUAUUUAAGUAGUAUGAAAAGCUAUAGAGCAGUGAUAGCUGAGAAUAUUCCACAAUAUUCGAAUGUAGUUGUAGAUACAGAUAUAUAUGUAGUUAUGACUUUGUCCACAGUUAGUAUAAGAAAAUAAAUAAUUUUUGUUGCUUCAUAGAGAAUGCGUUGUCUUUGCUGAGAUAAAGGUGUUAUUUUAAAAAAGAUUUUAAUUAGCCAAUUUUCUUUGAUUUUAGCUUUUUAAAUAUGAAUUUUAAUUAAAGAAAAUCAAAGAAUAUCAAUUAAAAAAUAAAUAAAUAAAUAAUAUUUUCUCUUAAUUCAAAUUGACAAGCUUUCCAGCUUUCAAUUAUGCAUUCAAAAUCGAAAUUAAAAAUAACCGAAUUUCACUAAUCAUUUUCAAGCUAAUGUGUUUUAAGUUCUAAUGUCUGCAUAAAAUACCUACAUACAUAAAUUCUAUAUUUUCAUUGCUAUGUAUAAAUUCGCAUACGAAGUGCGCAUUGUUUACACAUAGGAAAUAGUUCUAAGUGCCGAAAACGGUUUAGAAAUGUAAGUUAAAACAGUCAAAUGUGGAAAGGCUGCUUUAUUUGAAAAAAAAAAAAUAUCAAUAACAAUAAUACUUUAAAAAAUAUCAUUUAGAUCAACAAACAGUAAAAGCUUUUAUUUAAAUUUAUUUUUUAUAGAACUUAUUUUAUUUUGAGUUGUUGUUGAAUACAGUGAACGUCUUAUGGUUUUGUUUUAAAAUAUAUUUUUGCGAGUAUUCUGAAAUUUUUUGUUUAAAAAUAAUGGAAAGCACUCUAAAAAACUGUUUUCCAAUAUUUAAAAUUUGCGAAAUUCAUUCUUGCAACCUUUAUAAGUGCUUUAUAUUCAAUGAAAAAUUAAAAAGUAAAAAUUCAUUUAAGUAUAAAAAUUUGAUUACAAAAUAAAGUUGUCUGCUUCCAAUUAAACAAAUAUUAUUUUAAAAAUGUGUUUAGUACUUUUGUGAAGUAAUUUUUUUUUUUGAAUUCACUGCAUUGACUGCUUGGUCGUUUACUUCAUGAAUUUUUCGGUCUCGAUUUUAAAGUAAAAAAAUACUUUUUU